UCCGAAAUGCGAAUAGGUAAGAAAUGUUCUCUCACUAGAAAAUGGCAGUACUGCAUAUCAAUACAAUCAGUAUUCAAUGAGUAUAGCAGUAGUAUUGCCUGUGGAUUGUUUUUUUGGACAGUAAAAAUACUGUAAAGUAUGUUUCCAGUAUUUAGGAAAUGUAUACCUACUUUGUAUUCACAUUAUUUUACCAUUUGUUUGGCAGAACUGAAAGAUUACCAAAACGAGGUUGUCGGGAAUGUCUUCUAUCUCCUGAACAGGAACCUGAAAUCAUGAAAAUGGUCCUAGAAAACAAUGCCAUAACAUUACGGCAAAUACAAAGAAAAAUAAUGGAAAACAAUGACACAUUUCAAAAUAUUGUUAGGGUCAGCUUAUCAACUUUGUGUUGGUUGGGAUUGGGAUAAACAUUGUGUACAAUGUUUUGCGGGAAAAAUGAAAUAAUUUUACCAUGUAUGUGUGUGUUCAGAGUGUAAAAACAGUAUUCUGAAAUAUUUUACAAUAAAUGUAUGUAUAUACUGUCUGUAGUAACUGUAACCAAAACAGCUUAAGUCAUUAUGAUGAAUGGAGAAGAAGUGUUUUCCAUUCAUCAUAGUGUUUAACAUUGAGCACAUAAGUGUUCGGCUGGGUCUGAUAAAUGUCCAUUCAUAUGAUGGUUUGUGUGUGUCAAUCGACAACAUAAUCACAUUGUGAGGAGAAAUAACAUUGUUUUGAAUGUGAAGUUUCAUUUUGCAGGCUAAUUGAGGGGUUUUGCCCAUUGUGUGUGGUUUUUUUGGAUUUGUGUGUAGAGUUCUGAGAAUAUGAGGCAUGCUUUCAGAAAAUUUGUGUAAACAAUUGAGAAAAACUGUAAUGGUGACUUAAGGGAAAAAGCUGGUGUUUAGAUGUUUUCCUGCUCAGCCCCAAGAGAGCAGAUGGUCUGGGUUGUCUUGAAACUUGUUGUUGAACCAUCUAACAUUUCAGAUUUUCUGCACCUUUGGAGUUUCUCUUGAUGAUUUGUUCACCUGUGUUGGGUUUUCUAGGUUUUCUAGCCUCAACUGCUGUGAGUUUAUUUUGAGGUUUAGGUGAUGCUUCUUAUUCAGGAUGCCGGGUGUUAAAUUCACACUCUUGUUUCACUCUGACUUUUGUAGAUAAAAAACUCUAUAGGUAUGGCACUGUGGUACCAGUCUCAGUACGGUUAAAAACAUAAGCCAUUUACUUCCAUGAAGGAAUUAAUGUGACACAUUUCAGAUAAAAGCUUAAUUUCAGUCUCCUACUAAGGGUCCAUCAUGCAUCGAGCACCAAAUCCCUUCCCACUGAGAACUUUUACGUGUUAAUCACCUCAUAACCUUCAAGUUUUUAUACAAAAGACAAAUAAUUCAGAAAUCUUGCAGCCCACAGUCUUGAGGUCUCUUUCAUCUUUACGAGCAUAAAUUCUGUUAAACUUCUGGGUUUUCCCUGUAAAGCUGCUGAGGUUAGAGAUGGAAAAUAAGCAGUGAAAAAAACUCACAAAAACAAGGUGAGAGACUCGGUUUUUCUCAAACAACAGACGUCUGUCUGUCUGAGGAGAUAAAACUGAACAACAAAUCAAAUUAGGAAAACUUAAGAAUUGUUCUAUUGCACUUGUCGGACUUUAGAUGUAAGUAUGUUUACCUUCAAAAACUGUUGUCUUUAAAGCAAAGUGGAUUAUCUUUGAUGUCUUUGAACUGAUGUUUAGCUUUCCUGACAUAGUUUGGGUUUUCUGUUCAUUGCAUCAGCACAUUUGAGAAUUACUGUCAAAAACAUCUAAAUCUGUUCACAUCAGGGGAAAAUAGCUGGGUUGCAGUGAAGCGAUGGUCUGCAUCUUUCUGAGCCCAAAAAAUGAUGACAAAAAGCUAAAUUAUUCCCAUGAUUCACUGCUGCUGCGGUGUGUUCAUGACAGCCGGUGAUGUUUUCUGUCAACUGAAUCUUUGUGGUGAUGAAAAACAGGCAAUUUAAGUAGGACGCGCGAGCACCGAGGUUCAAAGUUUCUGCUGCACUAACUUACCACCAAACUAGGUCACUGGCCUCCUUAAGAUGCAUGACUUGUAUAAAAAAGAUCAUUUCAGUUACUCGUGUGUCACAAAACAGCUUGUUAGAAGGAACUUCGACAAAAACAUUAUUGGAUUGUAUCUUAUUAGGAAAAUCUUUCUAUUCUGUUUUGCCAGGAGAAAAAUAAAACAGAGCCACUAUGCAGGUUAGCAACAGGAAAACCUGCUUUGAAAUGGUGCGACGAUAAAGUGAACGCUGCACCGCUCCGUCCUGCUGCCUCGAGCUCUGCUUUGUUCCUGGACACACAUGGAUGAGAUGCUGACUUGGUUUCUCCAGUGGGAGAAAGAUGUGCUGAGAUGACGCUCUUUCAGACCACUUGGCGAUGCAUGAUCAUGUUUCUUACUCUUUUCAUUCAGAGCAGCUCCCAGUUCUCUGCUGAUGUACUCUCCCUGGGUAACUUGACAGUAGAACCACCUUCUCCCUUCCUCCUGGGCUCAAACCUCAUCGUGUACUGCCACCUCAAUGAAUGCGAUAAAAAUUUCAGGUACACGAUAUCCCUGUAUGUGAACGGCAGCAAAGUAAACGGGUCCAAAAGAAUCAACUGCACCACAGAAAAGUUCUUUCUGCCUCAGAUGUCUCAGUCCUUAGUGGUCUGCAUGAAGAAACACCAUCAGCUGCCAGCAUCGAUGGUUGUGCAUGGAGAGUUCCUGCUAGCCGGCCUUCCUCCUGAUAAACCAACAAAAAUAGGCUGUGAAACCACCCGAAGCUCAGAUCAGAUCACCUGCUCGUGGGCCCGAGGACAGGAAACAUAUCUGGACACAGUCUAUAACGUCUCACUCAGCAGUGAGAAUGGGACCCGAAUAACGUCUGAUCACAUCCAGAACAGCAAUCAAAUCACCAUCCAUCAGAAAAUAACCAAUGAAAACACUAAAUACAGGCUGAUCAUCAUGGCAUCCAAUCACUUUGAAGCAUCGCAGUCGGAUCCCUUCAUCUUCUGCAUGAAGGACAUAGUGAUGCCAGAGAUCCCUCACAUCGUUAAGUUAGACUUUGGAAAUAACUCUAGAUCAGGUGUGCUGCACUGGAACACCUCUGAAUCUUCAGAAGAUCUCAGACCUGAAGUCAAGCUGCGUGUCAAGAAUGGCUCCUGGGAACUGAGAGAGGGACCACUGCUUGGUGACGGUCUAUUGCAAGUGGACAACCUGAGACCUCUGACUGAGUAUGAGCUCCAGAUCAGAACAUGUUAUUCACCGACAUUCCUAAAGUCCAGCUUCAAGACCACCAGGACCUCCAGAUCGUUCUGCAGCAAAUGGAGCUCCCCUGUGAGGGAGAUGAGUCCAGGCAAAGGUCCGACUCGGCAGCUACGUGUGUGGAGGGUUUUAGCAGACCAGGAGCCAGGCGGGCUGAGGAAAGUUCUGGUUUUAUGGAAGCCUCCUCCUCCUGAGGAUUACAGGAGUGACUUUCUGCAGAUCCAGGUCCGUCUGGAUGACGGUCGUGAGGAGAUCUGUCCUGCUGCUUCCCGUCAGUGUGAAGUUCAGGUCCCAACAGAGCUCCACACUCUCAGUGUCUCUGCUGUUACCUCAUUUGGGACGUCUCCAACAGCAAAUGUGGAACUAAGACAUGCAGGUGUUUUAGGGCCUAGCCUGCUAGAUUUAACACCCACAGCCAAUGGCAGUUCAGUUCUGGUCUACUGGUCCAGGACAUUUGGAGGAGAACUGUUGCAUUAUGUAAUCGAAUGGAUGAGCGUGCCUGCUGGGGGGCUGCAGUGGAAAAGGCUGGCUGGAGACCUCAGAAAUGCAUCAAUACCAGGAUUGACUGCAGGUGUGAGGUAUAAAAUCUCUCUGUAUGCUGUGACUACCAGAGGAGUCAGCUCUCCCACAUCCAGCUUGUUUUACUCCAAAGAAGAAAGGCCAAUUUCUGGUCCCACCCCGGUUGUGCGGGCCCAUGGAUCCAGACGGAUCCUGAUCCAGUGGGAUGAACUACCUGUGGACCAGCAGAGGGGUUUCAUCACAAAUUACACCAUCUACCUGCAGACGCUGGACUUCAGCAGCACAGAAAGCAGUGUGACGGUUUCUGUAUCUGGUCCAGGAGAGGCCUGGUUGGACUGUCCAGAAGGAGCUUUGACUCUCCAGCUCACAGCAUCCAACUCAGCGGGAGAAGGACCUCGGGGGGAGCUGAUCUCCUCUCAGCCUGCUGCUCCUGCAGUCGCCCUCGUUAUCGGGAUUGUGUUCACCUUCACCAUCUUCAUGGUCGUUGUCCUUCUGAUGUGCUGGAGUUGUGUGAGAAAAUGGAUCAAACAGAAAUGUGUCUCCUGGGGUCCUAAAUGGCUGGUUGAAAAGCCACCUAAACCAGGACACAGUACUGCCAUCAGACUGCUGGAGGACAACAGAGGUGAGCCGUUGCUCUCGUCCACCUACAGUGACCCUCCACUCUCUCCGAUCCUCGUCAUCUCCCAAGAAGAGAGGGAUGAAGUGUACUCCACCAUCCAAGUGGAAGAGUCCCAGUCUGAAUCAGGACAAGCUGUGACUGAGGCCUCUUUGUCCGAGUCAGAUACUAGGAUGACGAUGGUUGAACACGCCAGCUACAAACCCCAGAUUUGUACUCUGUUUCCAAUAGAGAAAGAAAAGAAGGACGCCGAGGAGGAGAUGAGAGAUGUCUCAUCAAAAGCAGGUGAAGACGGUCAUUUGGGUAUAUUUGAUGAAUUACUGGAAGGUCUGGUGCCAAACGUGAACAUGGAUUACUCUGGUUCAUCUCAGGGGAUGACUGUUGGUUCUGUCAAUGGCCUCAUGUGGCCUAAAAAUGCUGAAACAAUUUUACUGAAUUCACUUUUCUUCAAAGAGUGGAAAAAUAAAGAAGAGGAUCCAUCGCUGAAUCUGCAGCAGGAUGAUGAAAUGACAUCUGACACAAACGAUCAUCGAUCGUCUCUGUGUUUGGGUGAAACGGAGGUGAACAGUGAUUAUUUCCCUCAGGUUGCUUGUCUCCACGCUGCCACGUCUGAUACACAGAGGUAGAAAGAACAAAGAGGAACUGCACUACCAGACUAUUAAAAACAGCAUUAGAAAAGCACCGCCUUCAGAAGAAAGUCGAUAAAAAGCACAUUUGUGAUGACUUUGUUUAAAGACUCAAUGGGAAUUUUGUAUGUGAGGGGUUAACACGUUUGGGUACAGAUUUUAUUAAAUGUUUAAGUUAUAUUUAAAGAGAAAAUGUGCGUUUACCAUUGGCCUCUGGAAAUAUCCAUAUAAAUGUUGUUGAAAAUGACUUAAAUGAUGCCCAGUUGUUGAAAACGUUUGGCAGCUUUGUAACAAAUAACCAUAAAAAUCAGGUCUAAAAUACAUGGGAGUGGGUCUAAGUAUCUGGGCGACGCCAUAUUAGAUGCAAUAUUUCCUUCUAUGGGAGCCCGUGAGGACAAAAUGCAUUUACUGAUUUGUAACAAAUGAAAUGAAAGGGAGUCAUUUUUGACCCUAAUGGCCUGUAAAUGGUAAAUGGUCUGUAUUUGAUAUAGCGCCUUCUAGAGUCCUGGAACCCCCCAAGGCGCUUUACAACACAAUCAGUCAUUCACCCAUUCACACACACUGGUGGGGAUGAGCUACAAUGUAGCCACAGCUGCCCUGGGGCGCACUGACAGAGGCGAGGCUGCCGAGCACUGGCGCCACUGGUCCCUCCGACCACCACCAGCAGGCAACGUGGGUUAAGUGUCUUGCCCAAGGACACAACGACAGCGACAGACUGAGAGGGGCUCGAACCUGCAACCUUCCGAUUACAGGGCGAGCACUUAACUCCUGUGCCAC